CCUCCCUCUGUCUGAUUCUGAGCAGUCGUCUCCGUCUGCACUCAUCUCAGGCAGCAGAGCUUCUGGGGCUAAUUAUGGAAACACUUCUGUUCUUUUUGUGGUGAUUGUGCACUGGGACUACUCUAUUGGAAUACUUCACUGGAUAAAAAUACAAAAAAAGUAAUAAUAAUUUGUAUGCUGGAAGAUGGGAUUGUAUCGAAGGAAUCACAGGAUAACUGAUGCUUCGCUUAGCUUGGGAAACUCAGAGUGAGGAGGCAUCAAACAAGCUCAAGGAGCAAAUCCAGCAAGAUGGCAAAAGUCUGCAGUGAAAUAUCCUUUUCAUCAAGACAGCGGCUGUCCUCCAACACACCGGGCAAUGAGCUGUCUGUCAUUGAAAAUGGGGACAGCAGGGUCUACUCUAUUUGUGAAGAUGGCUCUGAGAGAGCCUUGUCCUCAGAGUCCCAUGAAAGCUGUUGCACAGGUGCCAGAGCAAUAGACAGAAUGAACCCUGUAGAAGAAAGGCAGGACUCCUUUCUGGAGCGCUUCAGAGGCCCCAAACUCAAAGAAGUGUCCAGUGAAGAGCAUGACACCCAAUCUGUGGGCCAUAAAGACAAACACCGAAGAAGAAAUCUCAUCAGUAAGUGGCCUCUUGCUACGUACAAUCUAAAUAACUGCAACAACACAGAUGACAAAAAAGAGGACAAAAAAGAUGAAAUUAAGACAGAAGAGAAAAAUGAGGAGAAAAAGGAUGAUAAGGACGGAGAGAAGAAGAAAGAGGAAAACAAAGAUGAGAAAAAGGACGAAAAGAAAGAUGAGAAGAAAGAUGAAAAGAAAGAUGAGAAGAAAGAUGAAAAGAAAGAUGACAAAAAAGAUAAAAAAGAUGAGAAAAAGAAAGAGGAGCCCCCAAAAGAAAUCUGGAUUAUGGAUCCAUCCUCGGAACUGUACUACAGAUGGUUGAGCAUCAUUGCAGGCCCAGUAUUUUAUAACCUGAUGAUGAUAGUAACCAGAGCUUGCUUUAAUGAUCUCCAAGACUCCUAUCCAAAGCUCUGGAUAUUCUUGGAUUACACAUCAGAUGUCAUAUACCUCAUGGACACAUUUGUCCGAUCAAGAACAGGUUAUCUUGAGCAAGGCCUGCUGGUAAAAGAUGCCAAAAAACUAAGAGAUAACUACAGAAAAACACCUCAUUUCAAAUAUGAUAUGUUUUCAAUCAUACCCACUGAUCUGCUUUUUCUGCAAUAUGGAUUCAACAACCCAGAGUUCCGUUUCAAUCGUCUCUGCAAAAUCCAGAGGCUUUUUGAGUUCUUUGAGCGGACAGAGACCAGAACCAGCUUUCCGAACAUGUUUCGUAUCAGUAAUCUUGUGCUUUAUAUCCUUGUCAUUAUCCACUGGAAUGCUUGUAUGUUCUUUGCUAUUUCUAAAACCAUUGGUUUUGGAUCAGACACCUGGGUAUAUCCCAAUGUCAGCAACCCAGAGAACAAUCGACUGGCACGUAAAUACAUCUACUCCCUUUACUGGUCCACGCUUACCCUCACCACCAUUGGAGAGACCCCCGCACCAGUCAAAGAUGUUGAAUUUGUCUUUGUCAUUGCAGACUUUCUCACUGGUGUGCUGAUCUUUGCUAGUAUUGUAGGUAACGUUGGUGCCAUGAUCUCUAACAUGAAUGCCUCUCGUGCUGAGUUCCAGGCAAAAAUUGACUCCAUAAAGCAAUACAUGCAGUUUAGAAAGGUCACCAAAGACCUGGAAGCUAGGGUCAUCAAGUGGUUUGACUACUUGUGGACUGAAAAGAAGACCUGUGAUGAGAAGGAAGUUUUGAAAAACCUCCCUGACAAGCUUAAGGCUGAGAUUGCCAUCAAUGUCCAUUUGGAUACACUGAAGAAAGUACGCAUUUUCCAGGACUGUGAAGCGGGUCUGUUAAUUGAACUCGUGCUGAAGCUGCAGCCACAAGUGUUUAGUCCUGGAGAUUAUAUUUGCAAGAAAGGGGACAUUGGUAGAGAGAUGUAUAUCAUCAAAGAGGGUAAGCUGGCGGUGGUGGCGGAUGAUGGAGUCACUCAGUUUGUAGUGCUCAGCGAUGGAGCGUACUUUGGGGAAAUCAGUAUCUUGGGUAUCAAGGGUAGCAAAGCAGGCAACAGACGAACAGCAAACAUCAGAAGCGUAGGUUACUCUGACCUCUUCGCCCUGUCUAAAGAUGAUUUGAUGGAAGCCCUUACUGAGUAUCCAGAGGCCAAAAAAGUUCUGGAAGAGAAGGGCAAAGCUAUCCUGAUGAAAGACAAUCUGAUAGAUGAGGCAGUGGCAAAUGCAGGUGCUGACCCCAAGGACCUGGAUGAGAAGAUUGUCAAACUGCAGAGCAACCUGGACGUGAUGCAGACCAAGUUUGCUCAGCUAAUGGCAGAAUUUACCUCCACCCAGGCAAGGUUGAAGCAGAGGGUCACUAAGAUGGAGGACAAAGUGAAAUCCUUAAAACCGGAGGACCUCACAGAGGUGGUUGCUGAUAAAGACAAAAAAGUCCAGUAACAUUUACCAGAGAACUUUUAAAGUGACAUUCCUUAAUGUCAUGUAAAUGCCCACAUUUCUAUUCAUAUAUGACGUUUAUUAUUGACAUAACGUGUCAAAUUGUG